CAUUAAACAUAUCAUCACUGACUGUUUACCGAUAGGUAGCUCAAAACGGCCGAAACAAUCGCAUUUCGGCGUCCUGUCGACUAUCCGUAUUGCCCACCAUUACUGGUCUGGGUCAUAUGACGGAUUGCUUUUGGUAUAUGUCUCACGAUAAAAACUUUUUUAAGCGCAUUUCACUAUUCAGUGCCGAGUGCCCGCCGCGCUUUAUAAAAGGCGGUGGACACGGUACGUCGCUCAUUAUCAAAUAACUUAACGUCGCAUCGUCCCUUAGCCAUUUGAUAGUGGCGGAGUAGUUUGGUAGUUCGAAUUCGAACCAAUUACUGUAAGAUCAGCAUAAGAUCGUCGUCUUGUUAACUGCUAUUGACUGAUCAGAAUCGCUGGACGUGGUGACGAAUAGGUAACCAGGAGGAGUGCUCAAAUAUUUAUAUCCUUAUGGCGCCAACUACUAGAAGAAGUGAGUAACCAGCUUCUACUUUUUCCGGGUAAUGGAGUGGCACGUAGACCAACGGCUCGUCAUCCCAUACCAAAAAAUGUGUUAGUAGAGCUGAGUGUUAGUCAUAAUAAAGCAUGUAUGUUUUGUGGCCAAAAAGAAAUCAGUGAAAAAUUAUAUGGCCUGCUUUAUCAGCUCAAUGAUGUUAUUGUUCAUUAUUUUUGUAUUUUAUUGUCGUCAAGGGCCGUUCAAAAUGGUGCUGAUAAAGAGGGGAUUUGGGGAUUUUUAUUAAAAGAUAUUAAAGCUGAACUUACCCGGGGAUCUAGAGAAACUUGUGUUUACUGUAAGAAAAAGGGUGCAACUAUAUCAUGUUGUGGAUCAAAAUGUCGAAGAGUGUUUCAUCUUCCUUGUGGAUUGAAAAAUGGGUCUAUGCAUCAAUAUUAUCAGUCAUUUAAAUCAUUUUGCCAACAGCAUCGUGUUACACAAGUUGUUGAUUUAUCAGAGUUACAAAAUACUGCUUCAGUACAAUGUGCUAUUUGUAAGGAUGAUGUUACAGCAGCUCCUUUACAUAAUUCUAUUUGGGCACCAUGUUGUAAACGCAACGCUUGGUUUCACCGAGGGUGUAUUCAAGAUCUAGCAUUAAGUGCAGGCUAUUUCUUUAAAUGCCCAUUAUGCAAUAAUGUUGAAAAUUUCAAAUGUAGAAUGCUAACUCUUGGAAUAUAUAUACCAUCAAGUUACCUGAAAAAAUUAAAUCACAGGGACGCCUCUUGGGAAACUGUGCCCAAUGCUUUUGCAGAGCUCUUGGAACGGCAUAGUAUGUGUAAUGCUGAAACCUGUCUUUGUCCUCAUCAAGAUAAACGAAAAUAUCAACAUGAAUCCGGGUCAUGGGAAAUAAUAUUAUGCCAUACAUGUGGUUCAAAUGGAACACACAGAUUAUGCAGUUCUCUUAAAUGUGAUCAAGAGUGGUACUGUAUAGCAUGCCAAACCGUCGCAGAUAAUACAGCAAGAGCCAAGAAAAAACUUUUAGAACUACCAGAUGAUGGGAAUGGUAGUGGUAUUUCAGUUAUGAUUGAAGAAAGACUAUCUCACAACAGAGAAGUACAACGACGAAAUAUUGAAUUAAUGCGUAAUGCAGCUCGACCAUUAUCUGUGGAUGAUCCGAUAGUUAUUUCAGAUGAUAGUAAUGAUAGCAGUAUACAGUGUGUGACUUAUAUUGAUCCACCAAAAAUACCACAUAUACAAGUAAUUCAAACACCUCAAAUUCGGUUGCCAGUAAUAUCUGGUUAUUCAUCAAUAAGUACAGAUUCUACUAGAAACCUUGACCGUAGAUUCGCCCUUUCUGCAAACGAGUCAAAAUCUUUGACAUAUAUCUUUCAAGGAAGUAUUGAUUUAACUUCAGAUGAUGAUGACAAUUGACGAUGGUGAAAAUAACAUGAUAUAUAAAUUAGUAAUUAGACUACCAGAUAAUUAGUAAUAAAGUUAAAUAGAAACUAAAACACUGCCCAGACUAUUCAAAUGUAACUAAAGUAAGUAAUAUGUUAUAAUAUUGUUUCUUAAUGUUUGUAUUUUUUUUUUAAUUUUUUUUUUUUUUUUUUUAU